AUGCAGGGGUAAAACAAUAAAUCGAAACCUAUUGCUUUAAAGCUUCAAUCCCUCAUUCCUCGGAGAUCAUUAAUCGUUGCCAAGUGGACGAAAAGCACCUGGCUGUGUAUUCUCGGUUCACUGUUGCUUAUAUUACUAUUAUUAAUAUUGCUAUAAUCCAUUCUGUCUACAUAGAUAGGUCUUUCACACGCACUUAAUAUUGUUUACCAAAGAAAUGGUGAUGGAGAAACCAAGUCCCCUGCUUGUAGGGCGGGAGUUUGUGAGGCAGUAUUACACACUGUUAAACAAGGCGCCAGACUUCCUGCACAGGUUCUACGGGAGGAACUCUUCCUAUGUUCAUGGGGGUCUCGACCCGAGUGGGAAGCUUGUGGAAGCAGUGUACGGGCAGGCGGAUAUCCACAACAAGGUCAUGUCUCUGCAGUUCAGCGAGUGCCGUACAAAGAUCCGCCACGUGGAUGCCCACGCCACGCUCAGCGACGGCGUGGUGGUGCAGGUUCUCGGGGAACUCUCCAACAACGGGCAGCCCAUGCGGAAGUUCAUGCAGACGUUUGUGCUCGCCCCAGAGGGUUCAGUGGCCAACAAGUUCUAUGUACACAAUGACAUCUUCCGUUACGAGGACGAAGUUUUUUGCGACUCUGAAGCCGAACUUGACGAGGAAUCAGAGGAGGAAGUUGAACAGGAGCCAGAAGAGAGACAGGCAUCCCCUGAGCCGCUGCAAGAGAACCCCAACAGCACCGCCUACUACGAGCCUCACCCCGUCACUAACGGAGUGGAGGAGCCCAUGGAGGAGCCGGCUCCCGAACCAGAAAUGGAGCCUGAGUCCAAAGUUGAGGAGGUAAAGUCUGAAGUGGAUGAGAAGGUUCUGGAAGAAAUGGAGGAAAAAGCUCCCUCACCAGUCCCGGUGGAAUCUCCACCCCAUGCUCAGGAGCCACCCAAGACCUUUUCAUGGGCCUCCGUCACCAGCAAAAACCUGCCUCCUGCUGGCACCUCUGGAAUCUCACCCCACGUUGUCAAAGUGCCAAGCUCACAGCCCCGAGUUGAACCCAAGCUAGAGACGCAGCCGGCGCCGCUCCGACCCCGAGACCAGCGCACACGUGACAGACCGACCUUCCCCCCGCGAGGACCCCGACCAGAUGUCGUCCCAUCAUCAGAGGGGCAAAUGGGAAAACCGCACCUGAGUUUUGUUAAAGGUGGCAGAGGGGAAGGUGAAUCCGGCGAAAUGGACGGCAGGCGAACCGUGCGCUACCCGGACAGCCACCAGCUUUUUGUCGGCAACCUCCCGCACGAUAUCGACGAGAGCGAGCUCAAAGACUUCUUCAUGACCUACGGGACUGUCGUGGAGCUGCGCAUCAACACCAAGGGUGUCAGCGGGAAGCUCCCCAACUUCGGAUUUGUGGUGUUUGAUGACUCAUAUCCCGUGCAGAAAAUCCUUGGGGCCAAGGUAGACGGGCCCAUCAUGUUCCGAGGCGAGGUGCGUCUCAAUGUGGAGGAGAAGAAGACGAGGGCUGCGCGCGAGCGAGAGAUCCGGGGCGACGACCGUCGGGACAUGAGGCGCAAUGACCGAGGGCCUGGAGGCCCGCGGGGCAUCAUGGGGAGCGGCAUGAUGCGGGAGCGCGACGGCAGGGGACCGCCACCCCGAGGCGGCAUGCCGCUCAAACCGGGCAUGGGGUCUGGAAGGGGCUCGGUAGGCCUCGGUGAAGGUCGCUUCACGACCCAGCGCCGUUGAGGAGAGCGGGGAAUCGUACCGCCGGCUUCAAACAUAUAUAUUUUGGUUGUCCUUAAACUUUUUUUUUUUUUUUUUUUUUUUUUGGGUUCCCUCUUUGCUUUGGAAUCUGACACACGCUGUCGCGCUUAUUUAAUUGUGAGCCGAGGAUUUUUUUUAUUUUUAUUUUUGCUUCGGCAAGAAAUCACAAACUUAUCAUUUGUACAUUUUGUGUGGUGAAAGCAACCAGGAGUCAUCUUGUGCCACAUUUGGACGGACUGAAAGACUAUAACUACAGUUUAAAAAGAAAAAGACAGCCUGUCAUUCUGGAUAAAAGAGAUUAUCUGCCUUGACUUAACCUUCCAUUGCACAUUUUCUAUGGUAGUUACUGUUGGAAGAUGCAGAAGUUGUGCUGUUCUGGGGGGAAAGGCCUACCCCCCUCACGCCCCCUCUUUUCGAGAGACCACUGCUUAAAAUUUGUAUUACGUAUUCGCCAAUAUGCACUCAUGGAUACUUUUUUUUUUUUUUUUUUUUCCCUCCCCCCCUCUUCUCUCUCUUACCCCCCCUUAUGUCGAUAUUCUCGCUCGGAAAGCCACCGAAGCAACACGACACAAACGGGGCAGGCCUCGCUGCUGUGACCAAUGUAUACCGAAAAUUUCCAUUUUACUGCUGGAUGGACAAGAUGACCUAUUUUUGCCUCAUUUCUAAGUAUAAAUAAUCCAAUCCACCAAAUGACAGUAUGUUUGGAUGGGGGUGGGUGGGUGACAAAGGAUAAAGAAUGGACGAGUGGUGCUCUGGUUUCUUUUCAUUCAAACUUUUUUUUUUUUUUUUUUUUUUUUUUGUUUGUUUUCUUCCCCGCCAGCUAAGGAUGAAGGACGCCUUCACUGUCGUCAAAAAGUGACAGAAUAAAUGUACAGCAAAAGUCAUCGUUUAGUGUAUUGAAUUCUUUUCUCUUGAUAUAUAUAAAAGAAAACAAAAAAAAAACGGUGCCUUCUGCUUUCACCUUCCUCGCUCUUACUAAAGCGAUGCCAUUUUUGGACUUUGUUCGGAUUGAGGUUAAUGCUUAGGGAUCAUUGCUUGCUUUAAGAUGUAACUUUUUGUACAUUUUAUUUGCGUUUGUCAGAUUUUUUUGAAGGGGGUGUGCUUUAAUACAGAGGAGAAAAGGUAAAUUUUUAUUUCUUCAUAGCGCCAACCAACACACGUUGGUUUCAUUUUGACAUAGUGGAGCUGCCCCAACAACAGGUUCUAAUGCAAAAAAAAAAAAAAAAAAAAAGUAAAGUGAAAAGCAUAAAACAAUGUCAAAUCUGUACAGGCAAUUUAGGGAUUAUGAUCAGUAAAAUUAAAUCACCUAAUGCUAUACAAGUGCAAUAGUUAACGCAAACUAAAUAAAACUACUCACCAUUGGACAUAAGGCAAAUUGUCACCUAGCAGUUUUGUUAGCAUCCCCUUGGUAACUAGUGUGUAUGUCAUGUUUAGAUAAUUUGAUUGCUCAUAUUGAACGAUUUCAUUUCCUGCUCUAUGGUACCUUUCUGUGGCAUGACAAAAUUCCAAAAAGCAACUUCUGUUUCAUCACCAAAAAUUAGGUUGGAGGCCAACUUUUUGAGGUUCCACUAUUCUUUUUUUGCUCUCAGGUUUUCUUGAUUGUUAAUUCGUUUCUUUAAAAAAAAAAAAAAAAAAAAAAAACUCCACUUACUCACAAUUUUAUAGACCACCUAGCAACAACCUGAGAUCACCUUUUCGAGCCGCGUUAUAAUUUUUUUUAAAUAUAUAUAUAAAUAAUGCCACUUAGUCAUUGUGCUUAAUAUAUUCAUGUGUCCUACAGGAGGUCCUCUUUUUUUGUCUUUCUUAGUUUCAGCUGGAAAGGAAAAGAUUUUUAUUUGAUAAUCUUGCACUGAAAAGGGGAAAAGUGAUGUAGCAACUAAAUAUGCUAAUGAGGUUUUCCUUGUCCAGAGAGUAUUGCACAAUUAUUUGUUUUUUUUUUUGGGCGGGGGGGGGGGGACAACAUUCCCAGGGGCAAUCUGUCGGUUUUGAGCGUGGCCUCUCCAAAAUUCAACUGAAUUGGUGCAACCUAUUUUCAGAGAAGUACUUUUCAUUAAUGCUUUAUAUUUUUCCUGUUUUUUUUUUUUUUUUAAAGCAAGAAUGACGAUCCACCCCUCAUAGAUCCUCAAAAGCAGACAAAUGUGUAAAUUGUUAUUGUCAUGAUUUUCCUCUCUGGUUGCAAGUAGACUGGAUAGCCACAGUAAAUCAUGCAAGUCCAUUUGGAAUGAAAAUAGACUUUAAAAAAAAAUAAAAAAUUGACAGCAAUCUUUUACUGUGUUUACCCUUGUUGCUACAAUACAUUUUUUUGUAGUUUCCUCUUGGUUUGAUUUUCAUUUUCAUUUUGAAUGUGUUAGACUUAAUAAACUACUGAUAUCAGCACCACUCAUAACAUUGCUCAUGUGUUGUGCAACUUUGCCAUUACUUUAAGGAGGCCUAUUUUUAUUUGUACAGUGGAUCAUCCAAAGUUAAACGUGUCGCAAGUGCAUUGUUUUGUGUGGGGAAAAAACAAAAAAGUCUCAAAAGUAUUAAACCAAAUCUCAUGAGCA